GGUUGGCGCCGCAGACAUCUUCCUCUGGGCUCUGUGCCUGCUGGCCUCUGAUGCGGGGCUGCCCUCUUUCUGCCCGGCUCAAACUCUGUUACUAUUAGUCCGCACUGCGCGCUGAAUGAUGCUUUUACGGGGCUACGGAACUGCUGGACCGUGGGAGUGGCUGACGCUGCUCCUGGUAGCUUGCGCGGCAUGGGCCUCAGAAAUCACUUUCGAGCUGCCUGACAAUGCCAAACAAUGUUUUUACGAGGAGAUUGUCCAGGGCACAAAGUGCACCCUCGAAUUUCAGGUGAUCACUGGAGGUCAUUAUGAUGUGGACUGUCGGUUGGAAGGUCCUGAUGGUUCUGUAUUAUACAAAGAGAUGAAGAAACAAUAUGAUAGCUUCACAUUUACUGCAUCCAGAAAUGGAACAUACAAAUUCUGCUUCAGCAAUGAGUUCUCUACUUUCACACACAAAACUGUGUACUUUGAUUUCCAGGUUGGAGAAGAUCCACCACUGUUUCCUAGUGAGAACAGAGCAACUGCACUUACUCAGAUGGAGUCUGCGUGUGUUUCAAUUCAUGAAGCUCUGAAAUCUGUCAUUGAUUAUCAGACUCAUUUCCGGUUGAGAGAAGCACAAGGCCGCAGCAGAGCAGAGGAUUUAAACACAAGAGUAGCCUAUUGGUCAAUAGGGGAGGCAAUCAUUCUUCUUGUAGUUAGUGUUGGGCAGGUAUUUCUCCUCAAAAGCUUCUUUUCAGAUAAAAGAACCACAACAACCCAUGUUACAUCAUAACUGGUAGUGAUAAUGUUUCAGGUCAUUGUGUUAAUCACUUGUGAAAUUACCGUUAUCCAAUUAAUUGUAAGUACAAGGAACUAAAUAUAUGAAACAUCUAAAUGUCUACCCCUCCUCAUUGAUUAAAAUCACAAAAUAUAACCCACAAGUUAUGAAAGGGACACCCAAUUUGAAAUAUAGAGUAAACUUAGUGUUUUCUGAUACUUGUAUUAUAUAUCUGGCAAUGACCAGCCUCUCUUUGGUUUUGCUGAUUUUAAUCCAAAUUGAGUUUGACUUUACUGAUAUGAUUGCCCAUCUGUGUUAUAAUGCUUUAAAAGGACCUGCCAAUCUAGUGUCUGAUGUGAAAGACAAUACUCAUGAAAAUUAGAUUUGACUUGAAUUUUCAUGCUGAAUGUGUUGGAUCAUAAACAAGCUAAUGUGAUGAACUGUAGUUGUGAGAUGUAUUCCACUGUUUUGAUUUGCUGUAACAACAAAAAAAAUCCCAUUAUAUCCUUUGCUUAUCUGUAAAAUUGUUGCAAGCUUGAUAGUAUAUAUUGGUGCAAAGUCUCCACCUGCCUGGUAAAUCUCCAUCUUCAAAACCUACUAAAUUUUAUACUUGAGUGUAUUUGUCUAAACACACACUUUUCUACAUUAAAAUAUAAUGCAUUUCUUCUUUUACAAUGUUUUACUAAACAACUUCUAAACUGAGACUACUUGAGAAACAUGCUUUCUUUAUUCAAAAAUUUUAAAUCUCCAAGUUGCUUUUAAAAAUGCAAUGAAAUGGGGAAUAUUGUAACUUUGUUACUGAAGCUGUGCAAUCUCUGUACUUAGUGCUGUUGCUUGUCACAUUUAAGACCAAAAAUAGUUUGGUUUUUAUCAAGCAGUUCAGCACCAGUUACAUUGCAUCCAUUAGGCAUGUGCACAGCUUUUAAUUAAAUUGUUUUCCUAUUAAGAAGCCCAUUUAAUACUAAUACUACAUUGUGUGAGUGCUGUGUCCUUUAUUUCCCUGUUUGGUGCACUGAUACAUUAUGACCUUGUGCAUGUAAUCGCUACUCUUCUGUUAGUGGUCAAACCCAUUUAAAAUGUUUUGUGAUAUCUUUUUGGUUGAUUUGUAGCAACAUUGCUUCCACUGUUCAUAUCUUUAGUUUAUGUAUUGUAAAAAAAUCUUGGUUUAUUUGGAUGUGGAAGAUGGUAAAUAUAUGUACAUACAGGUACCUUUAAUUGAGCUAGUCAAAAUAAAGAAAGACUUCUUCAGAUGA